UGCCGUAUUGAAAGCUGCGGUUUCAUUGCAUUCAAUUCAAUCCCAUCCCCCUUCUCUCUCUCUCUCUCUCUCUCUCUCUCUCUCUGUUUCUGUGUUUCCAUCACCAUUCCAUACUCCUAAACCAACCUCCAUCAUUCUUCAACCCAGGAUUUUGGACGCGAAGGAUCAGCCUUUUGAUCAAAGCGGAGCCAUAAAUGGCAUGAAAACGAACCAAGUGUUUUGUCUCCCGGAUGCCAUCUCGAGGGAAAUCUUUGGUUCCACAAGAGCAAAAGAUGAGAUGGGUUUUUGGAUUAGAAGCUGUUAGUUGCAGCUUUUUGAUCUGGAUGGGUCUUGGUAAGUUUGCCUAGUUCAGUAGUUUCUGGCAUUUGGUCCUGAUUGUGUUUUCCCUUCAUUCAAAUAGAAAAACAAAAAGAAUUUAAGUUGCUUUUCUGAUUAGUUUUCUCAAACGCGGGCAAAGAAGGGAACAUAUGAGUGGCUUAAACAGCCAUCUAAACAGCUUUCUUUUGGCCAUGUAUUAGUGCAAUGAAAGCAAGUGGGGGUGAUUGUUUUUCAGUAGUUCUAGGAGCCAUUGUGGUUUAGUUCAAGUAGCUAGUUUGGCUUAAUGGACCUGUGGGUUUGUUUAGUGGCGGAUUCUCUGAUUUGGGGCUCAAAGAUUCACGCAGGGAAAGCUAAAUUUCUUGCUCAAAGCGUAUUCUUUGUGGUGCUUUUGGAUGUAGGGAAGUUGGCUUUAGGUCUAGGGUCCAUGUCCUCCAUUGCCAUUUCUUAUGGGGAAAAUGGCUCUGUUUUCUGUGGCCUCAAAUCGGAUGGAACUCAUACUGUGACCUGCUAUGGCUCAAAUUCAGCCAUCAUCUAUGCAACUCCGCCCCAUUUCGCCUUUUCGGGUUUGACUGCCGGCGAUGGCUUUGUUUGUGGACUUCUAAUUGAUUCCAACCAACCUUACUGUUGGGGAAGCAAUGGUUUUGUUGAAAUGGGCGUUCCUCAACCCAUGAUUAAUGGGUCUGAAUAUUUGGAAAUCAGUGCAGGUGACCACCAUCUUUGUGGGCUUAGGAAGCCCUUGAAGGGAAGGCAUAGAAACACCUCUAUGGUUGAUUGUUGGGGCUAUAACAUGACUGCAAACUAUGUGUUUGAUGGGCAGGUUCAGUCUAUUUCAGCCGGCUCAGAGUUCAAUUGUGGCUUUUUUUCUCAGAAUAGAAGUGUCUUUUGUUGGGGCGAUGAGAUGAGUAGUCGAGUCAUUAGCUUGAUUCCUAAAGAACUGAGGUUUCAGAGGAUAGCAGCCGGUGGUUUCCAUGUUUGUGGAAUUUUAGAGGGAGUCGAUUCACGGGUCUUUUGUUGGGGUAGGAGCUUGAACCUCGAAGAAGAAAUAUCCCUGGUGCGUUCAGGUCAUGCCAAUAUAGACUCAGCUCCAAAGGAUCCAAUGCUUUCGGUUGUGGGAGGAAGGUUUCAUGCUUGUGGAGUUAAGAGUUAUGGCCGUGGGGUGGUUUGCUGGGGCUACACAGUGGAAAAGAGCACUCCACCUCCUGAUGGAGUCAGGCUUUUUGAGAUCGCAGCGGGGGAUUACUUCACAUGUGGAGUCCUCGCCGAGAGAUCUCUCCUUCCUGUUUGUUGGGGUGCCGGGUUCCCCACCUCGCUGCCACUGGCUGUUUCUCCCGGGCUCUGCAAGCACGAACCUUGCGAGCCAGGUUUCUAUGCAUUCAACAAUGGCACAGCAGCUUGCAAGUCUCCAAACUCCCAUAUAUGCCUGCCUUGCACCACCGGUUGCCCCGCUGAAAUGUACCCCAAAGCUGGAUGCACCUCAACAUCUGAUCAACAUUGUGAGUUUAACUGCUCAAGUUGUGUUACAGACCAAUGUCACUCAAACUGUUCGUUUUCCAGUUCACCUCCCGCAAAGAAUGCAAAGUUUUGGUCCCUCCAAUUGCCUAUCAUCGUCGCAGAGAUAGCCUUUGCUGUGUUAUUGGUAAGUGUUGUGUCUAUGACUGCGAUCUUUUAUGUUCGCUACAGGUUAAGGAACUGUAGGUGCUCAGCUAGGGACUUGAAAUUCAGGAGAAACAAUGGGAAUGGAUCUUCCUUCCAAAAGGAUAGCGGUAAAAUCCGGCCUGAUCUGGAUGACCUCAAGAUUAGAAGAGCUCAGAUGUUUACCUAUGAGGAGCUCGAGCGAGCCACCGGUGGUUUUAAAGAAGAAUCCCAAGUGGGAAAAGGGAGUUUUUCCUGCGUCUUCAAAGGUGUAUUGAAGGAUGGGACAGUAGUUGCAGUCAAGAGGGCGAUUGUGUCGCCUGACAUGAAGAAAAGUUCUAAAGAGUUCAGAACAGAGCUUGAUCUACUGUCAAGACUAAAUCAUGCCCAUUUGCUCAAUCUGCUUGGCUAUUGUGAAGAAGGGGGAGAGAGGCUUCUAGUUUAUGAGUUCAUGGCUAACGGAUCACUGCACCAGUACCUCCAUGGUAAUAACAAAGCCUUGAAGGAGCAGCUAGAUUGGGUAAGGAGGGUUACUAUUGCAGUCCAAGCAGCCCGGGGGAUUGAAUACUUGCACGGUUAUGCUUGCCCUCCUGUGAUUCACCGCGACAUCAAGUCUUCGAACAUUCUCAUCGACGAAGAACACAAUGCCCGAGUAGCUGAUUUUGGCCUGUCGUUGUUGGGGCCUGCCAACAGCAGCUCCCCGUUGGCUGAGCUCCCGGCAGGCACUCUUGGCUAUCUGGAUCCCGAGUACUACAGACUUCACUACCUCACAACCAAAUCCGAUGUCUACAGCUUUGGUGUCUUGCUUUUGGAGAUUCUGAGUGGUAGAAAAGCCAUUGACAUGCAAUUUGAAGAAGGAAACAUUGUUGAAUGGGCAGUGCCGUUGAUCAAAUCCGGAGGCACUCAAUCCAUCCUUGAUCCGGCCCUGAAACCACCCCCUGAUCUUGAGGCCCUGAGAAGGAUCGCGAAUGUUGCGUGCAAAUGCGUCAGGAUGCGAGGCAAGGACAGGCCAUCGAUGGACAAGGUGACGACAGCUCUGGAGCGAGCGCUCGCACAGCUGAUGGGCAGCCCGAGCAACGACCAGCCCAUUCUGCCAACUGAGGUGGUGUUGGGGAGCAGCAGAAUGCACAAGAAGCCCUCUCAAAGGUUUUCGAAUCAGUCCACCUCUGAAACUGAUGCGGCUGAAACCGAGGACCAGAGGUUCGAGUUCAGGGCCCCUUCAUGGAUCACCUUCCCCAGUGUCACCUCCUCCCAGAGGAGGAAAUCCUCUGUCUCGGACGCCGAUGUUGAUGCCAAGAAUGCAGAACUCAGGAACCUUGGCAAUGGUGGCAGCAUGGGGGAUGGAUUGAGGAGCUUGGAAGAAGAGAUUGGGCCUGCUUCUCCUCAACAGAACUUGUUCUUGCAGCACAACUUCUAACUUCAAAGACAAAGGGUGGAUUGGUUCAGCUUUCCUUUUGUCUGCUCUCUCAAAUCGCAAUAUUUUCAGUUGGGUUCUGUUCUGUAUGCAUCAUUUAGUUACUGACAGUUUGCUGCUGCUUUCGAGGAAUACUAGAUUGAUUCCUGUACCUACAACCAACAUUUAACAUUCUUUGGUGUCUUUUUGUAUCCGCUGCCCGUAACUUUGAUUUCUUGAGUUUCUAACAAAGUUGGCUGGCUGUUCGUAUUGCCGAGAUAUAGCAAC